CUAGAAGCACACGCGCGCUGGCGCAAAAGCCGAGUUUGGCGCGCGGUUCAAAAGCCAGAAUAGUCUGAGCGCGCGCAUGUGUGAGAGCAGCGAUUCUGUCAUACAGGCAGUUUGUUUUUUCUCUAACGAACCGAGUUCACUAAGUGAAUCAAUCCAGUGAGAUGAAAAUGUCAAAAAGCACAACAAAGAAGAGAAAACAGUGCUCUCCGAAUGCUGAAAGUAAUCCACCAAAGAAAGCCCUGAGACAAGAGACUUCAUCAAAGAGAACAUCCAUUAGGCUGAAGGAGAACUGCCCGUCUCUGCUGAAUUCCCCUGAAAGGCUGCGUUCUUCGUCGUGCUCUCCCAGAACACCCAGAAAGAUGCUACGCACUUCCAAGUUGGAGUCUCCUCCUAAAAGAGCGUCACCAUUGAAAACCACGCUCGGUGCAGGGUCGUUUUACAGCAAACAGAAACCCCUUUACCUAACACCUCUAGAGAGGAAAGUGCUCAAGGAAACCAAGUCGCCUCCCUCAAACCAGUGUGAGCCGAGCCCUCCUGUGUCACCUGUAGAAAAAGUCAAAACCAAAAAGCCUAAAAAGAAGGAGAAAGCGAGAUCACAGAAAUCCAACCUAAAGGGCUACUUUACACCUAAACCCAACUGGAACACAAAAGCAGAUUCAUCCUCAAAGAAAGUAGAAGUGAAAAAACAGAGCUCUGUAACAUUCAGUAGCUUGAAAUCCAAAAACAAACCCAGGAUCGUCGUCGGCGCUGCUUUCUUCAGCACCGGGAAAAAGUCAGCAUCCCUGUACAAGCCUCACACUCCGAAACCGAAGCCCAAACGAGACACCUCUCAGAAACCUGAAGUGGGGAAAGGCACAGCACCAGUACAGAGAGAUCACUCUCCAGUGCGCAAGGCUGUUUUUAUUAACAAACAAAAACAGACAGCACGGCCUCAGCCCUCAAGCUCUCAGUGCCUUUCACAGGCGACUGAGGUUAACAAGGCAGUUCCCAGGAAACCUCAUUCACCAAUCAAAUCCUUAAUCUCAACUACAGAUCAGCAGGAAACACCUGCCAAUCCUGGUUCAGAAACGGAGCUGGACAUCAGUGAACUCAGCACUUCAAAUAAUAGUGGCUGUUCAGAUAAUGAAUCAUCAGCCAUGUACCCCAUCUUUGGCGCCAGAAGGGCUCAAAAGAAGCACAGUCUCUCCUCCCCUCUGAACUGCAGCACUCCGUCUGCUGGCACACCAUCUCUCUUGGUUAAGGAGAGGAGCUCCAGAAGGAAGAAGGAGGUGAAGAAGCAGAAUGAUGACCAGCAGCUUGUCAUUGAUGCUGGCCAGAAGCAGUUUGGUGCAACUACAUGUCAUUCGUGUGGCAUGCUUUACAGUGUAGACAGUCCAGAGGACAACUUCCAGCACACACAGUUUCACCAGCGUUUCCUCGACACCAUCAAGUUUGUGGGUUGGAAGAAAGAAAGGGUUGUGGCAGAAUUCUGGGAUGGCAAAAUUAUCCUUGUUCUUCCUGAUGACCCAAAGUAUGCAACUAAAAAGGCGGAGGAUGUAAGACGUAUUGCGGAUAGUGAGCUGGGAUUUCAGCAAGUCAACCUCAGCAGCCCCAGUGCUGCCAAAACCUACCUGUUCAUCAACAGUGACAAGAUGGUGGUGGGCUGCCUGGUGGCCGAGCCUGUAAGACAGGCUUUCAGAGUGCUGGAGCAACCGGAGAAGACGAAGGACAUGACCAAGGAGGACUUCAUGGAGCACCACAGAGCCUGGUGCUGCUCUACUGUGCCAGAGAAAGCUAUUUGUGGAGUGAGUCGCAUCUGGGUGUUUAGCCUGAUGAGGAGAAAGGGCAUCGCCACACGUCUUCUAGACACAGUCAGGGGAUCGUUCAUGUAUGGAAGCCCACUGACCAAAAAUGAAAUCGCCUUCUCUGACCCCACUCCUGAUGGCAAGCUUUUUGCAACAAAAUACUGUGGCACUCCCACAUUUCUGGUCUAUAACUUUAUUGGCUAAUUAUUGUAAAGUUGUUUAAAGUUCUCACGGUCUUAUAUUUUUUGUCUGAGAAAUAAUUUGCUGCUAUGUUUAACAUUUUAAUUCUGUUUUAAUGGAACAACUGGCCAGAAAAGAUGAAUGACAUGCUGUGAAAGAUGUUUGACUCAGUAAUCAGUGUAAAACAGUUUUUAUAAAUCUAUAACAAGUAGAAUGAAGUGUACAUGCAAUUAUUUAAACAUGCACAUUUCAGCUUUAGACGUUCUCCAGUGCCAAGCAAGAAGAGCAAUGAAACAUCUCAGCUCAGUGCCUAUAUUUUAACUCUGUUAACUUCCCCAGUUCAUUUUUUUAAUGUGAAUUCACUUCCAAAUUUGUUACUUUGGCAAGUUUUAGCUCUUAAGUUACAUUUAUUUGGAGUAUUCAAAGAAUUUGAACAGACAACACCUCAUGUUAGAGCAAUCUGCUGGUAUAAAUGUUUUCUGUGCAGUCUUUCUGUAAAUAUUUUAAAUAAAAUGUUGCUGCAAAGCA